CUGUUAGUUGGUGAAAUUGUCAGAAACUUUAAAGAAGCUUAUAAAAAAUAAAAAAACAUUACUAGGAUCUGUAAUAUUAUCGUUGUUCGUGUCAAAACAGCGAUGAAAGAUCUUAGAACUGUACUGGUUUUAUUAAGUAUGGUAGGCACAGUCGUAGCGCAUGUUGCUUUGACUUUCCCACCUGCUCGAAGAUACGACUUAGACUUUUUAGAUAAUAGCAGGACUAAGGCGCCAUGUGGAAUGCCUAAAGGUGACAUUAUUACUACACUACCAGCAGGGGCGAAAAUCAACUUAACAUGGCAUCUUGCUUAUCCUCAUAAGGGCGGAUUUAAGCUGGAAGUUCUGGACAAGAACGAACGACAUCUGUUGGACUUAACUCCCACAUCUGCAGAUAGCAACUACAUCGGAGCAGACGAUACAACGUUCACGGGAGCAGGAGAAAUCUCAGAAGAAAUACCCUUUUUUGCAGAAACUUUGGAACAGUGUCUGAGAGAAAGUGGAGCAAAAGACAAAAUGCCAAUAGACUUACAAAACAGAGAAAUGGAAAGAAUUAUGGAAUUAUAUGCAGUUCAUCUUCCACAAUCCUUAUCAUGUAAAGGGUGUUCAAUUAGGUUGCUUCGACAAGCCAAAGAAUGGGGUAGCAACUAUUUGUUCUGGAGCUGUGCUGAUGUAGACAUUGUUCCAGUGACAGAGUUCAAUACAGUUUGUUCUGGAUGGGGGAAACUUGUAAAUGGUCUCUGUGCAUGCAAUAGACUAAAUUCUGGCAAUGUAUGUCAGUAUCAUGAUGAGUGCUGGUCUGAUGAGGACUGUGGCUCUCAUGGAAAGUGCAUCAAUGUGGAGGCAACUACCUAUCCCAAGAUGCAGUGUUUCUGUCAGACUGGUUGGUUUGGAGAGAAGUGUAGUAAAGAGUCUUCUGUUAAGACAGCAACUUUGGACCUGGCACAGUAUAACAGUAAGGUUUUAUCUGAAAAAUACACUUUGUACUGGAGGAUUCUUCAGGAAACAGAAGAAAUAGAAGCUGUGUUGCAAGCAGAAAGCACAAGCUAUUUAGCUGUUGGUUGGAAGCCACAAGGAAUAACAUCCAAAUGCAAGGCAUUCCCAUUAGUAAAAGAGAGCAGACAAAGCAACUUACGAUAUCUUCAAAGUGAUGAUUCUCCAACCCAGCAGCAUGAAAAUCACAACUUUAAAUCUAAAGAUGCAGAAAGUAACUUGAAACUUGAUUCUGAAGGAGAAUCAAAUGCUGAAGGGAAUCCAGAACCAAACGUUGAAGGGGAACCAGAACCAGAGCCAUCUAAUGAAGGAGAACCAGAACCAUCUGCUGAAGGAGAACCAGAACCUAGUACUAUAGAAGAACCAAGGCCAUCUGCUGAAGGAGAACCAGAACCUAGUACUACAGGAGAACCAGAACCAUCUGCUGAAGGAGAACCAGAACCUAGUACUAUAGGAGAACCAGAACCAUCUGCUGAAGGAGAACCAGAACCUAGUACUAUAGGAGAACCAGAACCCAGUACUACAGGAGAACCAGAGCCACCUGCUAAAGGGGAACCAGAACCUAGUACUAUUGGAGAACCAGAGCCAUCUGCUGAAGGGGAACCAAAACCAGAGCCAAGUAAUAAAGAAACGUCAGAACCUACUACAGAAAGAAAGUCAGAAUCUAAAGCUUCAGAAGAGUCAACACAAAAUCCUAAAGUUGAGCCAAAGAUAAAUGUUAAAGAAGAUUCUGAAUCUGGAGUUCCAGAACCACCUUCUAAAGUAGAGCCAGAAUUUAGUACCAAAAGAAUGCCAGGAACAUCUAAACUAGUUCCUGAUAGUACACUUGAACCUACUGCUAAUGGAACAUCUGAAUCUGAUUUUGAAAAUGAAAAAACAAGUAACACUGAAAAAAAGAUUGUUUAUAUAACACCUAGUUCCACUCUCAAAAAUGAACAAAGCAGUAACAGUGCAAUUGUUGGAGUUCCACUGGGUGUUGGGCCAAGUGAUGGUUUGGAAAGAAAACUUUUUGUCUACAAUAAUCGCUUCCGACGACAGGCUGUACUACAUGAGCCUUCAGCUUCAGGAAGCAAACCAGAACCAAUCAGUGACUCACAUCCAAAACCUGAAGAUGAAACAAAUACACAACAUGAUGCUCAUUUAGAAGCUGAACCUAGAGGCUCUGGAGAACCAGAACCUGGUUCUACAACAACUUCUAAUUCCAAAGGAAAACUGCCACAUCCAUAUCCAUCAUCGACAACUUACACACCUCGAUUUGAUUUUCACCCCAUGGACUGUUCAGACAUGGUGAUAGGUGCUGCGAGAGGAAAACUCAGCCGUGUGUUUGACUACUAUACUCGUGACCGAUCCACACCACGUGUAGAUAGUUAUUAUGGAGGAUCUGACACACUUACAGCAGCAGUGGGAUUUGAAGAAGAUGGGAAAACAACAAUACUGUUUCGGAAGAAAAUUAAAGCUGAAGAGUUUACCGACCACACCAUAGAAAAUGCUCCAAUGGACAUUAUUUGGGCACUUGGUCAAGAGUCAGGACACUACAUUCAUCGACCUAGUACAGGCCUGGAAAGUGGUAAUGCUAAGGUUCCAGAUUUUUAUAAACCUGAUGAAGUCAAGUAUCAUGGGCAUGGUCACCAGAGAGGGAAAACCACCUUGAACUUCUAUGAACAAAAAGUAGAAAGCAGAGUUAAAGAUGAAACUGAGAAUAAAAUCGAAGGUUGUGCAGGUGAGUGGAAAUAUCCAAGAGAGUGUGAAGGUAGCAGUUGUGAAUAUGUUGCUAGGUGGUACUUCCAUGAUAAAAGUGAUGAAAUGUACUUCAGGAUCAGCAGUACACAUCCCGAUAAAUGGACGGGUAUUGGUUUCUCCAAAGAUAUGAGAAUGGAGAAUUCAGAUGCUGUUAUUGGGUGGGUGAGCAGCAAUGGAAAGGUUUCUGUGUUUGACUCAUGGAUAACAGGGUACAGCCAUCCAGAUUAUGACUUGAAACAGAGUGUUUACAACGUUACUGGUGAGCUUCUAGAUGGAACAAUGACUCUUCAGUUUAUCAGGAAACGAAACACUGGAGAUGCUACUCAGGACCUAUUGUUCUCUGAUGGAGAGUGUGUUUAUUUUAUUUUUCCUGUCAGAGGUGGCCAGUACAACAAUGCUUUUAAACAAGUAACUAUUCAUGAGACCACUCCCUCUAUUUCACUUGUGUGUAUUCAGAGCUGUCCACUCCCUGUGAUUGUAAAUCAAAACAAAGAAGUAGAAGCAGAACCCGCACCUGAACCUGUAAGUGAUCAAGAUAUUACCUCUAAAUCACAACCAAAGAGUGAAGAUAAACCCAACAGUGAACCAGAACCCAGUAGUGAACCAGAGCCAGAACCUAAUAAAGAAGAUAUGGUUCAAUGUAUGGGUGAGUGGAAGUAUCCAGCGAACUGCGAUGGUUAUGGUUGUGACUACAGAGCAGUGUGGAAAUAUGUUGACAAAUCUGAUGAAAUAGUCUUUACCAUCAGUACAAAAAAUCACAAUAAGUGGACUGGAAUUGCCUUUUCCAAGAAUAGGGAAAUGGAAGCAACAGAUGCUAUUUUGGGCUGGGUCGAGGAGAGUGGAAGAUUUUUUAUAAUGGAUACAUGGCUAGCAGAUUACAAACAACCAUCACUGGAUCCCAGUCAAAGCAUCAGUAAUGUGAGUGGGUGGCGAGAAGAUGGAGUAACUACACUGAAGUUCAGUAGAAAGCGAUAUACUGGAGACCUAGAUCGAGAUCUUCAUUUUACAGACAAUGAGUGCUUAUUUAUGUUCUUUCCUGUUCAUGGAGGUGUUUUUAAUGCUGUUAACAAGAAGAUAAGACAACAUGAGUCAACCCCUAGGAUCUCUGAGAAAAAAGUUUGCAUCAAAAGUUGCAACUCAGAACGUGAUGAAGUAGCUGUUACAAUUACAACUCCAAAGCCUACAACACUUCCAAAGCCUAUAUCUAAGUUACCAAAAAUCAGAAGACCAGUUCUUCAUUUUCCUGCCUUUAGAACUCCAAAUACUCCCUUAAAGCAAACUACCACCCCAGCCACCAGUGCUGUUGCUAGUACAACAACAAGUACAAUAACAACGGUAUCAACUCAGCCUUCUACAACAGCAAAACCCACUUUACAGAAAAUGAAAUACACAGUAGAAGUUAAGCUUCCAUUAAGCUGGAAUUUAGAACUAAAGAAGAAAGAUUCAACAGAAUAUCGUACUUUACAGAAGCAAAUAUUAGAAAAUAUGAAUGCAACUUUAACUUCAGUUGAAGGAUUUGAAGGUGUAGAAGUAACUGAACUUGUCAAAGCUAAAGGAGAUCAUGGUGUUAUUGCACAAAUGAAUGUUAUUAUUAUGGAUAAACCUCUGCUAAAGGAAAGUCAUCAAGUUGAAGAUAAUGAUUACAGUGUUCAUGUUAUGAAAGAACUAUCAAUGAAGCUGAAUGAAACAAUAAAGAAAGGAUAUAUUGGUUCACUUCAAGUUGAUCCAGCAUAUCUUAAAAUUCAGCCUGCUUCAAGAGUUCAAGAGUCAGAUCCCAGUGAAGUUCCAUUUGGACGAGCAACAACAAAUUCAGACUCUUCAGGUGAUAGUAACACCAAAGUUUACAUCAUCAUAGGAGGUAUUGCAGCCCUUGUUCUUCUAGUUGCCAUUCAAGCCAGCUGUAUGAUAUAUAGAGAUAGAAGAAAUCGCCAAACUUCCCAUGUGAAGGAAAAACUGAUCAAUUCUCACUGGAAGGACUAUGCUACAGCCAGCAGUAAUUACAGCUAUGAAAACUUUGGAAUGCAGGAGGAAGAUGGUAAGGUCAGCAAACAUCCUGUUGGAUCUGUAUCUAAUGGAAGUGCUGUUUCAAAGAAGAGUGCAGUAUCCCAUCCUAGUGCCAAUGGUAAAAGCAAUGGUCGCUCUGGAAAUUUCCGGCCUCUUCCACCAGCUGGACAAAGUCACACUUUAGAGCGAAUGUCAUCUCGUCAUAGUGAUGGAUUCUCUAACAUGUCUGGGUACUCCAAUGCCUAUGCCACUCAUGAUAGAUCACUGAGAUCUGCUUCAAGUACAUUGAGGGCUCAACAAGAGCUGCAACCAGACUUUUAUUUCAUGCCACAUCAGCGACGAUACUCAGGAGAAGUUGUACGGGUUUUUGUUGAUUAUAAUAAUCCAGAGUAUACUGGGAAGUGAAAAAAUUUACAUGUGCCGAACUUUAUUUAACAAUGAUUUUUUUAUAUUUUCUAUACCAUUUAAAUACCUUAACCCAUUUAUACCAUCUAGAAAAUAAAGUAGUGACUGGGAAGAAUCUCCUCUAGACUCAAUCAAGUGUUUAACUACCAUUGCUAUUAUUUUGCAUCUCACCUGUUCUGUUACUGUAAAGCACUCAAGAGUUAUUUCCCAAUCGAAUGUAUAACAGAUUGGUUACCCACAUGUAAAAUGUACUUGUAUAUAGUCAUGGCUUUAUAACCAGCUACAAAGCUGUAAGGCUUAAUACAAAUACAAAACAGACAUUAUAUUUUUUGUGAGAAUCUCUACUUCAAGAUUAUGAGUAUAGUUAAUCCUUGUCUCUGUUCAUAUUUUAUUACAAUAGAGUAAAUUCGUAAUAAAUAGUUCUGUAUAUUAUAAUGUAAAAACUUGGUCUGAGUUGCAUAGGAUAAUAUCCUUUGAAUUUCAAAUAGUUGGGACUCAACACUGUAACUGGAGAUUAAUUUUUUAUGUCUAUAGACAUUAUAUACAUAUAUAUAAACAGCAUAUAUAAAUAGUUUACUUUCAAAAUAUAAUUAUUAUUUUCAUGAAAUAACUCACACUAGAAGUCUUAGAAUAGCUGUGGGAUAAUAAGAAAUAUUCUAAGGUCAAAUAAUAUAUACAUUUCUGUUCACUACCAAAACGGAAUAAAAUUUAGGCUAAAAUAUCAUUAUAAGGUUACUUUCAUAACACUUUGCAUUAAAAAAUAUAUUAUACUUUUUCCAAACACUUAAAAAAAAUUCCCACACUGAAUACUUAUAAUUACUAGGGUAAGCUCUGGAAAUAAAGGUGCGUAGGACUUGUAUCUUGUAUAUUUAUGCUAACAAUACACUAGUCUGUAUGUACAUACUCAAAAUAAUUUUUACUAGCAAGUGUUGUGACAAAUGACGAAGCAAGAACAAUUCCACAAACAACCUGGAAUCUUCCAACCAAUAAGCCACUGCAUAAAAGCCUUUUAGUGUCGAUUUUUUUUUUCAUACUAGUUGUAAUUAAAAACCAUGACUAACAUAUUUACAAAAGGGAUGAUAAUUUAAAGGGUAAUUAUAUUUUUUGGAGGAGGUUUCAUAUCUGUGAUAGUACAAUAUACUUUUUGCUGUAGAGAUUUAUGAGAUGGUUUGUUUAAAAUUACUCAAAGUACUAUAUCAUGUAAAAUAUACAUCAUAAUCUAGGUGAUGAAAUAUUUAAAACAAUUUUGGAUCCUUUUGUGAAAUUAUUGUUCAUUUACAUUACUCUGUUGCUUUUAGGAAUGACAAAAGCUGACGAGUGUUUGAAACUUUAUACUUUGAGACUUUCAAUCUGUUUUUAUGUUCAUGUUAUAUUAGCUGAUGCAUUUUUGUAUGUGAAAAAAUAAAAUGUAAGCACAAAUGUCACUGGCAUUGUUGUAUCAAAUUCAAAGCAGCCAACUCUAUAUCCAGGUGUAUAUUUAAUCAGUUUAGUAUGAUAUGUCUGACAAAAAAUUGAGUAUAAUAGUAUGUACUUUUAAGGAUUUUUUUAUUUAAGGUAAUUUUAUUGCAAAAAGCCUAAGUAUCUGUGGCUACUACCCUUAUGAGCAGUUAUUGAGAAGGAUGUUCGCAAGCUAGUGUUAUAAAAAGAAGUAUUACAAUGAGGAUAAUGUUAUGACAUUUGAACAACAGCAUGAAAGGUAGUAAUAUCCAUAACUGCUGCCUGAAAAAUGGAGUAAAUGAACUAUAGCUAUCUAGAUGAGGCAGUCGUUUUAAGCACUUAGAAAUAUUUUUCAUUACACCCAUGAGUACAAGUGCUUUAUUUUUGUACAACUUGUAAUCAGCUGGAGUGUGUGUAUAUAUAUAAAUAUAUAUUUUUUCAUACAAGUAAUAUGAGUUUCGAGAUUAAUAAACUAGAUCAUCAUAAAGCUAUAAUUGCUUAUUUGAUGAAUUUGUUAGCUUCUCUGAGAUGGUUUUGCUGUCUUUGCAUAAUUUUGCCACUUAUAUACUUCAAGGGUCAUUUAGUAAGUCAUCCUUACUUGGAACAAUACUUUUCAAUUUUGUUUUCAUUAUUAUGUAAUAGAUUAAACCUAUUUGUAGAUAUUGUUUUAGCUUGAUAAAGAGAUUGUUGUUACUGACAGUAAAAAAACAAAACCACCAAAACUGAAUACUUUCUCUUGUAUGGUGUAUCAAAGUUGUUUCUAUUUGUGAUAUCAAAAUAAAAGCAUCAACUUGCCAAUUAUAUUCAAAUUCAGAAUUUGGUUGAAUAUAUAAUAAGUAUUCAGUGUUCAUAAAUUGCCAUUUUGUGUUAUAGUUCAGUAAUAUAUUGCUGGGGAUUGGUUAAAUUUUGUUGUUCAAGUAGGGUAUUCAUGCGAGUUGUUUCCCAUCAUUUUAUGUUUUGAUAUUCAUUUAGCUGUUGAUCAAAUUUCAGUUGCCAUAUUGGAAAAAAUAUAUUCUGUCUCUUGAAAGAAAUAAAGAUAAGACAUAAAAGUGAAUGCAUAACUUGGAACAACUUGACCUUCCUUAUUUCUGGACAGUGGAAUCUUAUGGUUUAUUUUAAAACUAGUAAAGAGAGAACUCAUCUUUAAUUGAGACAAAAUUUAUGGCUAAAUAUAAUGGAAUUUUAAAUCAUAUGUUUUUCCAAAACUGUUGUACAGUGCUUGGCAUAAAUUUCAAAUAUUUUUGGCUUCUUGACUUCAUGAAGAAUUACUUGACUAUAGGGAAAUAUUUUUGGCUUCUUGACGUCAUGAAGAAUUACUUGACUAUAGGGAAAUAUUUUUGGCUUCUUGACUUCAUGAAGAAUUACUUGACUAUAGGGAAAUAUUUUUGGCUUCUUGACUUCAUGAAGAAUUACUUAACUAUAGGGAAAUGUUUUUGGCUUCUUGACUUCAUGAAGAAUUACUUGACUAUAGGGAAAUAUUUUUGGCUUCUUGACUUCAUGAAGAAUUACUUGACUAUAGGGAAAUGUUUUUGGCUUCUUGACGUCAUGAAGAAUUACUUGACUAUAGGGAAAUGUUUUUGGCUUCUUGACUUCAUGAAGAAUUACUUGACUAUAGGAAAAUAUUUUGGACUUCUUGAAGAAUUACUUGACUGUAGGGAAAUGUUUUUGCAGUAAACAAUGGUGGUGACAAAUGUACAAUUUAGACUUGCUCCUCUUUUCCUUUUUUGCUGUCCCUUCUUGAAGUUGUUCCACUAUAACAAUACUUGCAUUUGGUCAGUUUUUAAAUCCAACCUAUCUGGACAUGAUGUUUACCUCUUUUUGUGGUUACCACUAACCCAAGAUUGCGAGGAUGUUUUAAUUAAGAUGUAGGCAGUACAGUAAGGUUUUAAUUCUACAGUUAGCAAACUUAUAGCCCUGUUUAUCAGUAAAACCAGUACAGAAGUCGUUUUUUAUUGUUAGGGAUGAAUAAUGGUUUGUUCUAAAAUUUUGUUCCUUGUGUGAUACUGUUGGAUAAAGAUUAAAAUAUAUACAUUUAUUAUGCAUAAUAAGAGCAUUAACACGAACACUGGAUAUAGCAUUGCCUGACUGAUUAAUAAUUUCAGAAUAUUUUCAGGCAUUGUUAAUUGUUAAGAUGAAGAGGAAUGGCACUGUACUUGAAAAUACCUGUUGUUCCUCAUGAGGCACAAUAACAUUUUAAUCUCUAAAAGAGGGUUGAAAAUCAUCUUGGUUAAAUUUUAAAUUGACUUUCAGUUCAAAUAUUAUCAUAUAAUAGACAUCAUGAUAAAAGUAUGUUAUGAAAGUGUGUAUUUAUAGGCAAGUUGAAGGAUAGUUGUAAAUUUACUUGGCAAAGUACAUGUGAAUCUAAUUAUGUUAACUUGGCAUUAGUCCCAUGAGAUGAAUUAUGAAAUUUAGUUUAUUAGUAAAGAAACAUCAUAAGCUUGCAUUAUUAUACUCCAACUCAAAAUCAUUCCUCUUCCUUUAAUCUUACUUUCAUUUAUCACACCGUUUUAUUAAACAAGGAUGAAUGCUAGUUAAUUAGUAAUUAAUUAAUAACUCUAAUCUUACUGUCUGGAUUUUUAAUUAUUUUAUCACUCCUUUUUAUUAUAAGAUUAAUAUUUUUUGGUUUAGAUCUGUAUGAACUGAGACCCUCAAGCCACACUUUUAUAAGCCAUUUAUUAUUAGUGUUCCAGUCAGGAGUUCUUGAGUUUAGAUGAGACCAUUGAUUUUAAUGGAUUAGUUAAUUUCUUAUAGCUGUGUAUGCAAUAGAGUAUUAAAGACAAAAUUCAAUUAUCAGCUCUUUAGCCAGUAUAUUGUUAUCUUGUAAUACUUCUGUAUUUACAAGGUUUAGCAAUUAGAUGUGCGUGUACACAUUCCAUAACUGCUGAACAAAUGUGUACCAAAAAUUUUAACACAUGUAGGGGGCAUUUAUGAAAUAUGCAGUGCAACAACUUGAAAAUAAUUCUAUCUUUGAUGCACAGUAGGGUGAUGACCAAAAAGAAGUUAAACCAAAUAGUUUAGAUUUCUUUAAACUCUCAAUAUUUUCCUGCCUACAGGAAUGGAAAAAAAAAUGAAGCAACUUCAGUACAAUGUCAAAUACAUAUGAAAAAUAUACAUUCUUAUGUAGAAUUUUCAAACCUGUAGGUUGAAACAUCAUAUACUAUACAAUACGGAUACAUGGCGAUAGUGUAUCAGUUAAAUUAGUUUUAAUCAAAUCUUUGGGUAUUUCAUAAAUGGGAAAUGAACUAACUUUUCAUCACUAACAUGUUUGUUAAUAUACUCUGCUCCUCAAAUAUUUGAGUAUAGGUUAUGAGGUGUAAUACUUAUUUAAAAAAAGCUAUAUGAGAAUCAGGUUGAUGAGAAACUGACAAUAUUAUAUUUGAAAAGUAGAAUUACAAACGUAUGGUUGAAAUUAAUAGUUAAAAGCAGCUCAAAACUGUUAGUCACAAAGAUUUUAAGGAAUAUUUUUAAAACAGUGAAAUUGUUAGUAAACUGGAAACAGGAAGUGAGAGAAACAAUUGUCAAGUUAAGAUCAAUUCUUUAAAAUAAAAACAGUUUUACAUAACUAUAUAUAUAUUUUAAAAUAAUUACUUCCAUCAGCUACUUCAACAAGUUCAUUUUGUUAUUCAACAAAGAAAUAGCAUUAUUACAAAACCAAGUUGUAUGUAAUUAACAACAUUGUUGCUCAAAGAUAACUUUAAAGGUUCUACCUAUUAUUUCAAAUGUACCUUAAUGUCAAAUAAAGUCUACCUUCAAGUGUGUAUGUGAUAUUCAAUGUUCAUUUGAUAUACCACACAAAUCUAACUAAAGGUAUAAUUUGUUUUAAAAUACUUUGUUAAAUAAAC